AUGGCUUCAAAUAUGCUAUGGGCAUAUGGGAAGGUGGGUAUUGCGCACAUGCGACUCUUUGACACCUUUGCUGAGUUUAUUACCGUCAACAUUGAUGUCUUUGACAAUCAGAAUAUUGCAAACUCUGCCUGGGCGUAUGCAACGACUCAGCUGCCCAGUAAGGCCGUUUUCGAUACUCUGACACGCAGAGCCUGCGGACGCUUGAGUUCAUUCCGCCUGGAUGAGCUGUGUGGACUUAUGUGGGCAUAUGUGAGGGCGAAGCCAGAUACCGUGGCAUCAAGCAUGAUCUUUGAGGAAUCCGUUCAGCUUCUGCAGCCGCGAGUGGCAACGUUAGAUGCGCAAAGCGUGGCCAAUGUCAUAUGGAUCUUGGCAACUUGUCAGCAGCUUCGAGGGCAACCAGUACCUGGAGCCCGGGAUCUUGUAGACAGUCUCAUGGUAGCUUUGCUGGACCUUCGUGUACGCUUGGACUCAGAGGGUGCUGCCCAAGUUGUGUGGUCACUUUGGCGGAUGGGACGGUUCCACGAUGCCUGGAUACUUUUUGUCCGCACUCUGAGUGACGGCCGGCAUCCUGAACAUGGUAAGACAGGCUAUACCAAGAAGCACGCUGUGGAUGGACGGCAGCGUUAUUACCAGACGCUGCUCAUGGAGGCUGAGCGACGCGGGGAUGUGCAGAAGCAGGUGUUCCUGUGGAAGCAGAUGGCAGCGGAUUUCUACUCGCGGAAUCUCCGCACAGCCUGCCUGAACUGUGCUUUGAUGGCUCACAUCAAAGCUGCAGAUGCAGACGGGGCCCGCGAGAUGCUGCGACAAAUGGUGCGGACGAAGCUCUUCAAUCAAGUCACGGCAUCGCUUGCAGCUCGUUUAGGACAUCCGGACCUGGAGGCUGAGAUUGAGCCUGCGGAAAUCAUUGACAUCACGUUGCGGCGUCGCCCUACAUGUCAGUCACGAUACGAAGACUUUCACUACAAGGAGGCCAGCGUGUUGGAGACCGUCGUCCGAGAAGCGACUGCGCGAGAUGUCAAAAGUGUGCACGCCUCUAUUGAGAACGUCGGUCUGAAAGAGGUUUGGCUGAAGAUAGCUGGUGGCGAAAAGGCCUGCGUGAUUGAUAACGUUAUUGCCAAGCAGAGGCCGAAACUGAUAUUAGAGUUCGGGACCUAUGUAGGCUAUACGUCCACGCGGAUGGCGCUGCAAGUUGAUGCAUGGAAGGGCCAAGUCGUGACCAUGGAGAUGGAUCCCGUCAAUGCUACCAUUGCGCGCAACCACAUCGAGAUGGCUGGCCUAUCGCAUGUUGUGACUGUGCAGCUGGGCCAUUCGGAUGACGCCGUGCAGUUGGUGCUUGAGAAAUAUGGCGAGGGUAGCGUCGACAUGGUGUUCAUGGAUCAGCGUGGGACGGCUUUCCAUGACGACCUGUUGACUCUGGAAAGAACCAACAUCCUCGCAGACAAUGCAGUCGUUGUCGCAGACAAUGUGUUGAAGCCCGGUGCUCCAUAUCACGUGUGGAGAAUAUCCACGCUACCACAUUAUGCCACUGAUAUUGUCGAUCUGCGGGAGUUCGGCUCUGCCCCUGUGGAGGACUGGAUGACUGUCUCAUGGGUCAGCCGUGGGAAUGGCUAUGGACAAUUGCCAGUUGAAGUGCGUGAGCUUAACGAGCUGGCGCGGGAAUCAGACCGAUUCAGGUUGAAAGCGAUGGCAACCUCAAUGAAAGACUUGGUCGGGGAUCCACUAGAUGAGUUUGCCAAACGAUUUACGCACGAGUUCGUCAAGCUGGGCAUCAGGACCAGCAUGUAUGUGCGCACCGACAUUGUUGAUGGAUGCGCUGUGUCGAAGCUGGUGCAGCUGGGGGCUGGUGAAGCUCCUCCAUCAUGGGACGGUGAGGAGCGUGAGGGGUAA